AUGCAUCAUCUCAUUGUAGAGCUUAACGUUUGGGCUGGGGCUAGGAUUAAGAUAAGAAAGAUAGUCCGUCUUGGUAAAAAAAGACCAGGUCCAGGUCCAGGCCAAGGUCCAGGUCCAAUUCCAGGUCCAGGUUCAGGUCCAGGUCAAGGUCAAGGUCAAGGUCAAGGUCAAGGUCAAGGUCAAGGUCAAGGUCAAGGUCAAGGUCAAGGUCAAGGUCAAGGUCAAGGUCAAGGUCAAGGUCAAGGUCCAGGUCCAGGUCCAGGUCCAGGUCCAGGCCAAGGUCCAGGUCCAAUUCCAGGUCCAGGUCCACGACCAGAUGCUAGUGCUUGGGACUAG